AAAACGGAUAAGCUUCGUUCCAACACUCUCCAGUAGAACAACUCUCAUCGACUAGACCAAAUGCUAGCAAAUCCCACAUUCUAUGGCGGGCCUCUGCAAUUCACUUCAACUGCAGCUCGUUACAGAUAUUAUCCCCUGCAACUCGCACCGUCCUCCAUUUCCAGUAGAAGUGCUUUAACCAGAAGAAGAAAUAGCUGCAAACUUCGGCAUAAAUUGCAUGUUCGAGUAACUUCGACUUCGUUGCAUUCUGGCCCUUAUGCAGCUCUGCCCCACCCUUAUUCCGUCAGGAUUCCUGUUGGAGAUCGUUAUAUAACGGUAGAGACAGGGCGUAUAGGCAGGCAAGCCAGCGGCGCAGUUACUGUAACUGAUGGAGAAACUAUUAUAUACACAACUGUCUGCAUUUCUGAAGAUCCGAGUGAGCCUUCUGAUUUCUUCCCUCUAUCCGUUCAAUACCAAGAAAGAUUUUCAGCAGUUGGUCGUACCAGUGGAGGAUUUUUCAAAAGAGAAGGUAGAGCAAAGGAUCAUGAGGUCCAUAUCUGUAGAUUGAUAGAUAGGCCUCUGCGGCCAACCAUGCUUAAGGGAUUCUACCAUGAAAUUCAAGUACUUUCUUGGGUAUUAAGUUAUGACAGUUUGCACCCCCCUGAUUCUUUGGCAGUGACAGCUGCUGGAAUUGCCAUGGCCUUAUCAGAAGUACCAAAUUCAAAGGCCAUUGCUGGAGUUCGAAUUGGUCUUAUUGGGGAUAAGUUCAUCAUAAAUCCAACCACAACAGAGAUGGAGGAGUCAAGGCUGGAUUUGUUACUGGCAGGCACAGAUGAUGCAAUAUUGAUGAUUGAGGGAUACUGCGAUUUUCUCUCCGAGGAAAUAUUGCUUGAAGCUGUACAAGUUGGACAGAAUGCAGUACAGGCCAUAUGUAAGGAGGUUGAAGCUUUAGUGGUUAACUGUGGAAAGCCAAAAAUGUUUGAUGCAAUCAAGCUGCCUCCUCAGGAACUCUAUAAUUUAGUCGAAGAAAUUGCUGGGGCUAAACUUUCGGAACUUUUACAAAUUAAAAAUAAGAUUCCUAGAAGGAAAGCAUUGUCAUUGUUAGAGUCUGAGGUUACAAGCAUACUUUCAGAAAAGGGCUAUGUACAGAAGAUAGAAGAGCUUGUACUCAAUGAACUUUCACUAGAGUCAUUGGAAGAAGAGGAUGAAGAAGUCGUUGUUGACGGUGAAGUUGAUGAAGGUGAUGUUCACAUAAAGCCAGCUGGAAGGAAAUCUAUUCCCCUGCUAUUCUCUGAGGUAGACGUGAAGCUUGUAUUUAAAGAGAUCACAUCCAGAUUGUUGCGCAAGCGGAUUGUGGAGGGAGGAAAGAGAAGUGAUGGAAGAACUCUUCAGGAGUUACGCCCAAUCAAUUCGAGUUGUGGGCUACUCCCCAGAGCACAUGGAAGUGCUCUUUUUACUCGAGGAGAAACACAGUCUUUAGCAGUGGUUACACUUGGUGACAAACAAAUGGCACAAAGGAUAGAUAACAUUGUUGAUGAAGAUGAAUAUAAGAGAUUCUAUCUGCAGUACUCUUUUCCGCCUUCAUGUGUUGGUGAAGUUGGAAGGAUGGGAGCACCAUCUAGGAGGGAAAUUGGUCAUGGAAUGCUGGCAGAGAGAGCGCUAGAACCCAUACUGCCUUCUAACGAUGAUUUUCCUUACACAAUACGUGUUGAGAGUACAAUAACUGAAAGCAAUGGCUCAUCAAGCAUGGCAUCCGUAUGUGGAGGGUGCUUAGCAUUGCAGGAUGCCGGUGUUCCUGUGAAGUGCUCUAUAGCGGGUGUAGCUAUGGGUAUGGUUUUGGACACUAAAGAAUUUGGGGGCGAAGUAAUUCCCCUAAUUCUUUCAGACAUCACAGGAUCAGAGGAUGCUUCCGGCGAUAUGGAUUUUAAGGUUGCUGGAAAUGAUGAUGGAAUCACUGCAUUCCAAAUGGACAUUAAGGUGGUUGGGAUUACGUUGCCAAUCAUGAAGCAAGCUCUUUUACAAGCAAAAGACGGUCGAAAAAAGAUCCUUGCUGAGAUGUUGAAGAGCUCGCCGCCUCCUUCAAAGAUGCUAUCAAAGUAUGCUCCACUAAUUCAUGUGAUCAAGGUCGAACCUGAUAGAAUUAAUCUUAUAAUUGGAUCUGGUGGGAAGAAAGUGAAGGGCAUUAUUGAAGAAAGUGGAAUUGAAGAUAUUCAGAUACAAAAUGAUGGAGUCGUGAAGAUAAUAGCAAAGGAUUUGGAAACUUUAGAAAAGGCCAAAGCCAUCAUCCUCAAUCUCACAAUGGUUCCAACAGUUGGUGACAUAUACAGGAAUUGUGAGAUCAAAUCAAUUACUGCUUUUGGAGUUUUUGUAGAGAUUGCUCCUGGCAGAGAGGGACUAUGCCAUAUUAGUGAAUUGAGUACAGAUUGGCUGGCCAAAGCAGAAGAUGUUGUUAAAGUAGGAGAGCAUAUUGAUGUCAAGCUUAUUGAGAUCAAUGACAAAGGACAACUUAGGUUAAGCCGUCGUGCAUUGUUGCCAAAACCUGACACAGAAAACCCUAGUGCAAAGGACAAUGUUGUUUUACACAAAUCUCCUGAGAAAAGUAAACCUGAGAUGAGUGUAUCAAAUGUUGUCUUAGAGGUAGAGAAUGCUAAGACCACUAAAAUAAAGAGUGCUGUCUUAGAACAUAAAAGCCCACACAAGAAAGUGGCGAGCCCCUUGAAGGAUGGGCGAAGUGCAGCUGAAAACAAGCCAUCAAAGGGUAGUGGUAAAUCUGCGAUCAACCUUCCAAGCAAAUGUUGAGGUAGACCAAAAGUUGGGAUAGCGAAUGUUGUGUUACACUCCAGUUUUCGUCAAACUUGGUGGAUAUGGCAUCUCCCCUUGUAGCAAACAAAGGUUGAUCACUGCACUUUGGAGCUGUUGCAAUCGCGCAGAACUGCAUUCCUAUGGUGGCAACGAUACAUAAAAAGUGAAUAGUAAAUGGAAAGAAUAUUCUCAGAAUUUGAUGAGCAAAAGAGGAUCAAGUUAAUGGGAGAUGAAGCAGUUAGCAGAAUUACUUGAGGCGUUAUAUGUGUUAUUAAUUAAUUUAUUAUUGCUAUCCGUUGCGAAUUUUGUCUUCAACCAGCAAUUGAAAUUCUGUGUUUAAUUCUUGUUUGUGAGUUGUAACUUGGUGUAAAAAUAUCCGGCGUUUUGAGUUGUCAUUAUAUGCAAUAAGCCAAUAACCGAGCAGGAAUAUGUAUCCGGCCUUUUUGUAUGUCUCAUACCAUAUUUGAUUAUAUUGAAGUGGUUAUAAUCCAUUUUUAUUUUAUUAGAGAUUAGAGAUA